AUGGUGAGAGUGAACAGAGGUGAAUGUCAACAAACUGUGGAAGCCAACGUUGUGGAUGCCGGUGUUGGAGGCGUGAUGGAGGAAGGUUUUGGAGAUGGCGGCGGUGUUGGAGAUGACGGCGGUGUUGGAGAUGGUGUGGCGGGGUGUAACUCAAGCGGGGGUCUCCGCGUCUCCCCGCAGCUGUUCCGGUGCGGCCCUGAGGAGUGUGUCUCCUGGGAGCUGCGGUGCAACGGCGUGCCUGACUGUGCUGACGGAGGCGAUGAGGCUGUUAGGGAGUGUGGCUGCCUGCCCAACGAGUACCAGUGUGGGGAGACGUGUAUAGACCAGAUGCGUCGCUGUGACACCCGCCAGGACUGCGCGGACGCCGCCGACGAGACCAGCUGUGAGACGUUUGCCUGCCCCGUCAGUCACUUCAAAUGCAACAACCACUACUGCGUCCCUAGCGAACACGUCUGCGACUUCCACGACCAUUGUGGCGACGGAUCCGACGAGCUGGAAUGUCAUCACCGCGAGUGCUGGAAGGCAGAGUUUGAGUGCGACAACGGACAGUGUAUCCGGCCUGGCCGUGUGUGUGAUGGUGUUCCCCACUGUAAGGAUGCCACGGAUGAACUCAACUGUCUCCCAGAGAACUUCGCGGUGUGCGGGUCCGGGAUGCGGGUGCACCGCUACUACUGGUGCGACGGGUGGCCCGACUGCCGCGACAACCACGCCGACGAACUCCAGUGUGGGGAGUGUGACCCAGAGAGCCAGUUUGAGUGCCCAAACACCCGCUGCAUCUUGGUCAGCAACGUCUGUGACUCCCACUGUGACUGUCUUCCUGACUGUGCUGACGAGGUCAACUGUACAGACUCCACCUACACCGUCACUGACGGUGUGAGGGUGUGUGAGGUGGGCGCCUCACUCACCUGCUCCGUGGCCAGCCUCGACCGUGUCCUCGACAGGUGCAUCGCCCCCACCUACGUCUGCGACGGCACCAACGACUGCCACAAUGGCGGCUACCUCUCCGACGAGACGGGCUGUGGGGAGGCGAGGUGUGACGGGGAGCGAGAGGAGGUGUUCCGGUGUGGUGACGGCCGCUGUCUCCCCUCAACCCUCCGCUGCGACCACAAGUACGACUGUCUUCACGGCGACGACGAACACAACUGCUCACGAUCUGAGUGCAGCAGUUCUGAGUGGCAGUGUGCGAGCGGCCAGUGUAUCCCUGCCGUCGCUCGCUGUGACCUCCAAUAUCAGUGCUAUGAUCAGUCAGACGAGGUCAAUUGCGGCAAGGUAGGGUGCGAGCCGGGCUACAGGAAGUGUGGCGGGGGACAGUGCCUCCCGGAGCAGCAGUGGUGUGACUGGAUCCCUGACUGUCCUGAUGCUUCCGACGAGGCCAGCUGUGCACGGCCGGAGAGGUGUGGCUCUGACGAGUUCGAGUGCGCGAGUGGCCAGUGCGCGCCACUCUUGGUCAAAUGCGACGCCUCCAUCAACCCCAGGCGCGCUUGUGCAGAUUCCUCACAUCUCUUCAACUGCUCGGAGAAGUGUGGCGCUGGACUGUACCAGUGUGGGUCUGGACCCUGCCUGCCCCCCACCAUGUUGUGUGACGGAGAGGUCCAGUGCCCCCUCACCUGGGAUGACGAGGACAACUGUCCCUUCGCGUGCUCGGCGUCGGCCCCCUACUGCCAAUGUCGAGACAUAAGCAUCACCUGCCUGAACCAUGGCAUGACCUCUCUCCCCUCCGACAUAGAGUCGCAAAUAUCUCGCUUCCAUCUGGCGGGAAACUUCCUCAACUACACGCUCGACGUCACCACCUUCCUCCCCUACCGGCACUUGGUCUUCCUGGACCUGAGCAACAACAGCCUCUCGUGUUUACCAGCUGGCGUCUUCCUCCACUUGAGUCGACUGAGGAUACUCGACCUGCGGCACAACUACCUCGACAGCAUCGUUAACUCCACCUUCCUCGGCCUGGCUAACCUUAAGACCCUGCACCUGAAAGGGAACUCCAUACUAACGCUGGAGUCCUGGGCGCUCUACGGGCUCUCCUCCCUCUCCACGCUAGACCUGAGCCAGCACGGAAUGAAGAACGUCUCCCACCACGCCUUCGUUGGUCUCCGCUCCCUCCUCGAGCUAAAUCUGUCCAACAAUCGGUUGAAUCACCUGUCCGGAGGCGCCUUCAGUGGUCUAUCCAGCCUUCUGUCCCUAGACCUUCGGGAGAACCAGCUGAGUGUGAUGGACCCGAGGGUAUUCUCCGGACUCGCCAGCCUCCACCAUCUGUGGACGGACGAGUUUCGCUUCUGCUGCCUAGCACGUCAGGUGGGGCGGUGCCACCCUCCUCCUGACGAGUUCAGCUCCUGCGAGGACCUCAUGACCAACGGGGUCCUGCGAGUAUGUGUCUGGGUCCUGGGCUUCAUAGCUCUCCUCGGCAACUCCUUCGUCAUCGUCUGGAGGCUCCUCUAUGAGAACGAUAAUAAGGUACACUCCUUCCUGAUCACCAACCUGGCGCUGGGGGAUCUGUGCAUGGGACUCUACUUGCUCAUCAUUGCCGCCGUAGACAUCAACUACCGCGGUGUCUACUUUAUCUACGACGCCUUCUGGAGGACCUCCUCGCUCUGCCAGCUCGCAGGCUUCUUCUCCACCUUCUCCAGCGAACUCUCAGUCUUCACUCUCACAGUUAUCACGCUGGAGCGGCUAGUGGUGAUUGUGUUCCCAUUCCGUUUGCCUCGUCUGAGUAUGAGAUGGACCAAGGUCAUCAUGGGUCUAGUAUGGGCAGCCGUUGCGUUCCUUGCCGCCCUUCCUCUUGCAAACAUCCAGUACUUCAGGAACUUCUACGGGCGAUCUGGGGUGUGUCUGGCUCUACACAUUACCCACGAGAAACCCAGUGGCUGGCAGUACUCUGUGUUCCUCUUCCUGGUCCUGAAUCUGGCGUCAUUUUCUGUGAUCGCUGGGUCAUACUGGGGUAUGUAUAAGGCAGCGCGCUCCUCUAGUGCCGCUGUCAGAAGCGACUUGCAACGGCGGGAGUCCAGUAUGGCCAGAAAGAUGACGCUCAUUGUAGUAACAGAUGCUGCCUGCUGGCUACCCAUAAUCUUGUUGGGCGUGGUCUCCCUUGCAGGUGCCACCAUACCUCCCCAGGUAUUCGCGUGGGUGGCUGUGUUCGUCCUUCCACUGAAUGCAGCUAUUAACCCACUUCUGUACACAGUAUCUACAGCACCCUUCCUUAGCAAGGCAAGAGAACGGGCCCUCAAUGUCCGCUCCUCCUUCAGGUGGUCUCUCUCUCGCAGAGCCACCAACUCUUCUACAGGCACAGGAGGCAAAUGAGCGAAGAGUGGGUUGUGCCUCAAAGGGAAAUAAUUCCUCUGUGUGAGCUUACCAAUAACACACACCCACCACUCUCCAGACAACACUCGCGCAGGAAGAAUACCAAGCAUCACCAUGAGCUCUAUGACUGAGGAAUACAUGUGCAGAUGAUGAGUCACAAUAAUGUGGCUUGAAGUUAUGAAAACUAAACCCCACACCAGAAGAUGAACAGACGAUGUUUCGGUCCAUCCUGGACCAUUACCAAGUCGACUUGAUAAUGGUCCAGGACGGACCGAAACAUUGUAAUCUCCUCAUCUUCUGGUGUGUGGUUUAGUUCUGUAUGACUGAGGUUCUAGGCAACCUAAGUCUCCCUAAAACAUUACAUACAUCACUGCCAAUGAUCAGAAACGCAUCAACAAUAAUUAUUCCUCAUAUUAACUUUGUAAAUCACAAGAAAUCGGCAUCAUUAAUGUCAACUCUCUCUUACUACUGUGGUUCAUCUUUAUUAUUACAAUCAAUAACACCAUAUUCAUUAUUCAGAAAAAAUAUCAUUAAUAAUGUCAAAUCCCUUAAUCAUCUACAACAAUCCAUCAUAAUGCACUCACUAUUUAGCAAUGGCAAUAUACAGUGAUAAAGUGGGCCUAUCAUUUGAUGAAGCAACUCCUCCAGUUCUUCACUACACAAUUACUGAAAUAUUGUCCUCCAAUUGAUAUCUGCACCAAAUUUUGUUUGGACGUCUUUCAUUACGGUACAGUACAUUGUAAUACAGUACCCAGAUAAGAACAUCUUUUUGAUCAUGUACUUAUCACUGCCAGAAUCACCCCAACUAUAAGUAGCAGCAUUAGAGCCACUGUUAUCAGAAGGGAAAUUCAAGUGCUACCCUUUAUUUUCCGAACUGUAUAAUAAUAAACUUUAGAUAAUGAAUUUAAAUAAGCAAGCUAUGCCAGAUCUGGGCCCAAUAAGAAGUGCACACGGCCCCUGCAGCACUGUGGUGGCAAGAAUGUCGAUUUAAAAAGGUUGGUUGGGUCAGAUCAGGGUUCUGCACAUUUUGGGAGGGAACAGGAUUACAGUAUAAUUAGGCUUCCUUCUACCAUGAAAGGGUGUACUUUUUAUCACAUUGCACAUAAAGCCUUGCUACACUUAUUUACUUAUUCAAGGCCUGUAACAACAGCUGUACUUUACUGAACAUUGUGUGUAUAAACAAGCAUGUGCCUUUAAAGAUGCUCCGGAUAUUUACCGAGACUCAUCUUUUAAGCUUCAUGUUAGUGCCUGUGCAAGUGAUAAAUCAAUACCACUUACUACAAUUAUGGAAAAAAAUGUAAUGUAAAAUUUAAGUAAAUGCCUUAUCAAUAUUUAAUUAUAAAAUAUUGUUUGUAAUGCUGGAAAGUCAGGGAUUAUAUAGACUUAUUUUGUAAGCAAGUUGUCCUCCACCAUGUCCUCUUCACUAAUCAAAUUUCAUGACAGUACUUCACACCCAGUGUUUUUCUCACAUGCUGCUAAUAUGCACCAUCUUGCUAUUCUCACCAUAUAUUCAUCUUCACCAUACAUUCAUUUUAACUGAGCUCAAGUAGCGAAUAUUUUCCUGAAUGGUGUUUGGAUUGGCUCUUAAAUAUUCGGUGAAAUGUAUAUAUCUUUUGGAGAAAUUGCUGUUAUGUUCAUGACAGUUAAGCAGACGAUAAGUCACAAUAACGUGGCUGAAGAUAUGAAGACUAUACCACACAACGUAAGAUAAGGCGGCGACAAUGUUUUAGUCUGUCCUGGACCAUUAUCAAGUCAAUUGUGAUAAUGGUCAAUCGACUUGACAAUGGUCCAGGACAGACCGAAAUGUUGUCAUCUCGUCUUCUGGUGUCGGUUUAGUCUUCAUGAGAGUUAAAUUUAUUAUUGUGUAUCAAAUUAGAAAGAUAUAAUAUGUACAAUGUAUGUAUUUACAAUUGUUAAUAUAUUUUGUUAGUGUAAGUUGUCUUACAAAUAUACGUUUUUUAAGAAUAAAUGGAGAUAACCACUUACCACUACCAUUUCCUUGAAGAAUAUUCUGGAAACAUUAUUUUCAACCAUCUCGCAGCACAUGAAAUAAUUAAGAUAAAAAAUAUGCAAGUGCCUGGAUAGAGGCAGGAAAAGUGGGGUCAAGACAUCCUCCAGGGAGUCAUUCGUGAGCCCCCUCACCAUGACAUGGUAAAACUCUUGGGGAGGUCAUCAAUGCAAAGAAAAUUAUAUUCUUCAAACUUGGUAAUUAACACAUUUAAAUACUGUGUAUUAAUAUUUAUUUUCAUAAAAGUUUCAACCAUAAAACAUUAAUGAAAGUAAAAUUUCUGUAAAUAAAAGUGUUUUUAUAAUAAAAUGUUAAUACAGUAAACCUUGAAAUUAGAGAAACAUCACAUUCAAUUAAUUUUAGGGCUGAAUUGCAUU